AUGGGCUACUUUGAGAGCUUGGAUUUGGCCUUAGGUUCAGCUGAUUCCUACACUAGUAGACCCUCAGAUUCCGACGUGUCCCUGGAGGACGACCCGGAGGCGUCUCGGCUAGAAGCCGAGCGCCAGGCCCAACUGCAGCUGGAGAGAGCCAAGUCAAAACCCGUAGCAUUUGCAGUGAAGACCAACGUGAGCUACUGUGGUGCUCUAGAUGCUGACUGUCCUGUCCAAGGUGCUGCUAUCAACUUUGAAACCAAAGACUUUCUACACAUAAAAGAGAAAUACAGCAAUGACUGGUGGAUUGGUCGGCUGGUGAAGGAAGGGGCAGACAUAACUUUCAUCCCCAGCCCGGUGAAACUGGAGGCCAUGCGGAUCAAACAGGAACAGAAACAGGCCCAGAGGAAAGCGGCGAACUCAUCGUCGGGUUGGAGAUCCACACCACCUAGUGCAGCCAAACAGAAGCAGAAGCAGACAGAGCAUCUCCCACCCUAUGAUGUUGUUCCUUCCAUGAGACCAGUGGUGUUGGUGGGGCCGUCACUGAAAGGCUAUGAGGUAACAGACAUGAUGCAGAAGGCCCUGUUUGACUUCCUGAAACACAGGUUUGAUGGAAGAAUCUCUAUCACGCGGGUGACUGCUGAUCUGUCAUUGGCCAAAAGGUCUGUAUUGAACAAGAAGGCUAUCAUGGAGAGGUCCAACACACGCUCCAGUCUUGCUGAGGUCCAGAGUGAGAUUGAGAGGAUUUUUGAGCUGGCUAAGACUCUACAGCUCGUAGUUCUGGAUGCAGACACUAUCAACCACCCAGCACAGCUCCUCAAAACAUCCCUGGCUCCUAUCAUCAUUUACGUUAAGGUGUCCUCUCCAAAGGUUCUUCAGAGGCUCAUUAAAUCUCGGGGGAAAUCUCAAAGUAAACACCUCAAUGUACAGAUGAUGGCAGGGGACAAACUAGCACAGUGUCCACCCGAGAUGUUUGAUGUGAUCCUGGAUGAGAACCAGCUGGAGGAUGCAUGCGAACACCUGGCAGAAUACCUGGACAUCUACUGGCGCGCCACUCACCUGCCCUGCUCCGCCCCCCUCAACCCCCUAUUGGACCAGAGCGAGGUCACCCCGCCCUCCGCUAACUCCAGCCAACAGUUCUCCGAGACUCAGGAGUUAAUAGAAUGAUCACUCCUUAGCUACCACAGGUCUGGAUGUGGUAAAGAGACCAAUCCAACUCGACCGAAAUCCCACAUCAACGCCAUUCAGGAUCUCCUCAUUGCCCUCCAUAAAAAUUAGCCUACAUUUAGGCUAUUGUUUAUAUGUGUAUUUGACACUAUUUUGGAGUGAAAAUCGGAUUAAAAUGCUUGUAUGGAUGUCAACGCCAAUACAGGUUCAUGUCAUCAUCACUAAUCAACUGAUUUACACUUAAAAACGGCUUCAAGUACCACCACCGAUUUCUAUAUGCUAGCUACGCUACCAGCUUCUACGAACAUAAAUUAGCAUUUAACAGACUUUUUUAUAAUCACGAAAAGGACUAUUUCUAAAUAUUAUGCAGCGAAAACAGUAGCAACCACAUUGUGGGCCUGUUAGAACACAAAUAUCUUGACAGAUUUGAAGAAUAUCCACUUUGUAUAAUCUGAUUUUUAGAAUGUGUUUUUAGAUGGUUUCCUUGCUGUUUCCCCGCGGUCUGCGUUCCAUUCAUCUCUAAACGGCAUAUAUUGCUCGCUUUCGCUUGCUUGAUAACUAGUUUUUUUCCCUGGUCUGUUUUCAAUUGUGUUUCUGUAGCUAACUGUUUUUUGUAGGUGUUAUAUAGUGACACAGAGGAAUCAAACAUAUAUGAAUCAGAGCACAUCAAAGCACAUUAUCAAAGCACAAACUUGCACACUGUCAUCUACAACUCUUAUGUAUAUUUAUCAUGUAUCAACAUUAUGGAUCUACAGUAGAUCAGAGUAGUUUUGCCAUUGAAUCCACCAAUCAGAUCGCAGAUAGCGACCGAGAUAGGAGGAGUCAGACCAGACACUUUUGCAUGUCUACCUGAAAUGUAUAUAUAAAAAAAAUUAAUGACCAAAAAGAUCAUCGUUACUUGAGGAGAUACGUUAACCAUUUGUAGGGAAGUUCUAAACUUUUAGGCAACACACGAACACUCUCCCUAAAACCAAUUCCAGACUGUCCAGAAUGUAUCACUACAGGACUUUACUGUAGCUCUCCUCCUACUGGCAGGAUUCAGUCUGAUCUGUUUCCUCAGACACUACAUCACACUCAAUGUAGGCUAUUUGAGCAGUUGAUUAGCACUUAUAAAAAGAUCAGUUAAAGUUCUGAUAAUUAAUUCAGUUAAAGUCCCAGUGCUCCAGUGGUGAGUAGCCUAUAAAUGAUGCUUCCACUAUAAUUCAGUUCUUACGAAUUAUGAUGUAAAUCUAGCCAUUCCACUGUAAUCACAAGGACUGUGACAAAGCAGAGGAAGAGGAAGAGAGAGGCCCAACUCGGCAGCAAAUCGGUCUCCCUCCAGCAGAUGGCGUUUUUAUGUUGUUUCACCCAUCAAGCAAUGAGUUUUUGGAUGGAGGUCAAAUGAGAGAGUGUUGAAUUUGGUCAACAAAAUAAUUUAUGGGUUAUUUGCUAUGUGAGGUUUAUUUGAUAAAAUAAAAGUUUUGUAAUGCUUAAAUUGUUACUAGUAUACUGAUAUAAGUUGGAAAAAACACUUUAUAUCGGAGUUGUCUCGAAAUGGCUAUGCAUAUUCAUGGCAUGAGGCUAGUAGCAUAGCGUCUCUCUCCGUUGAAUACAGGAGGUUGAUGUCAACAACUCUCAUUGAAUAUUCAAAAAAUGAUUAUAAUAAUGAGAUGUAAUCAACCAAUCCAAAGAAAGGAUAGGCGGGAGCUAGACAGCCCGCUGUGCCGCUUUGUGGACAACGACUCCCAUUGUUAGGGAGGAGAGACGUAUAUCUUGUCAGUAUAUCAAUAAUCCUAGGCCAAAGGGUGUCCAUAGCACUUCCUGUCAUUCAUGUGUGUGGAGCGAGGGACCUCUAGUGGUGGGCUUGUGUCACGACACCUGAAGUGACAUAGUAUUCAAUGUUACCCAAUUGUAAUACCAUAAUAGAAUGUCAACUCAUAAUGAAUCUGAAUAUAAUAGGUAAUCUAGAGGAAAAAGUAGAAUGAUGAUGUGUUGACCAUAUGUAGAUCAAACACCAUUUGUAUGAGCUUCCAACCUUUACCAUUACAUUUACAUUACAUUUAAGUCAUUUAGCAGACGCUCUUAUCCAGAGCGACUUACAAAUUGGUGCAUUCACUUUACCAAUUUGUAACAUAUUGUAACAUAUUCGUAACAUAUUGUUACGAAUUGGAAUUAGCAACAUAUCAUACGAAUUUCAGGAUUAUAAUUUCAAUUAAUCAAGCAAAUGUAUUUAUAAAGCCCUUCUUACAUCAGCUGAUGUCACAAAGUGCUGUACAGAAACCCAGCCUAAAACCCUAAACAGCAAGAAAUGCAGGUGUAGAAGCAU